ACUCUCAGCUAAAGCAACGGGUUCUAAGAAAAAAUUCUUAUUUAUAACAAAAAUUUUGUUUUAAAUAAAAUAUUGAAUAUGUUUUCCACUAAAUAUAUUAUAACGGGACUUCUUAUGGUUUUGGUCAUCAGUGAUUUUACACGAGCUGAUUUUCGUUUAUGUGGACAAUCGUUAACACAAUUUUUGGAAAUGAUUUGUAUAGAUGGUUUUAAUCCCAAAAAUCUUUCAAAAAAAUCAGUUCCCUUAGAUGAUUACAAUGAUAAUAGCCUUGAAAAUGAUGCUCUUUCAUCUCAUCCAUUUUCAUCAUUAUUUAUGGAUAAAUUAUACCAUGGCAAUUUAAUGGCAAAAACUCGUCGUCGUCGUCAUGAUGGUGUAGCUGAGGAAUGCUGUCGCAAAUCUUGCUCUAUGUCAGAAUUAACAACAUAUUGUCUAUAACUGCAGAAUAACUGAAGUUAAAUUAAAAUACUUAUACACAAAAUUUUUAUAAAAAUUUUAAAAUAUAUAAUUGCAUCUAAACUAACAUGAAUAUUUAUA